CGCGCUGGGCCUGCGCGCCGCCCCGACUUUGGCGCAGCCCGCUCCUGGACCCGGAGCUGGGGGAGUUCCUGGGCGCGGACGGACGGCGGGACGUGUCGGUGCGGCGGGCGAGCGGACGCACGGACGGUGGCGGCGGCGGCUCUGUUCUUAAGACAUUGCAGCCAUGACUAAGAGAGAGGCAGAGGAGCUGAUAGAAAUUGAGAUUGAUGGAACUGAGAAACAGGAAUGCACUGAAGAAAGCAUUGUCGAGCAAAGUUACACCACCGCAGAAUUUGUUAGUCAGGCUAUUGACAUCAGUGAACCCAUUGGAAACCUUAAGAAGUUGCUGGAACCCAGACUGCAGUGUUCCUUGGAUGCACAUGAGAUUUGUCUGCAAGAUAUCCAGCUGGACCCAGAUCGAAGCCUUUUUGAUCAAGGAGUGAAAACAGAUGGAACAGUGCAACUCAGUGUACAAGUAAUAUCUAGGCAAGGGAUGGAGCCCAAGUUGAACAUCCUGGAAAUUGUGAAGCCUGUGGAGACCGUGGAGGUUGUGAUUGAUCCAGAUGCUCAUCAUGCAGAGGCUGAAGCUCACCUUGUUGAGGAAGCUCAAGUGAUAACCUUGGAUGGAACAAAACAUAUUGCAACAAUUUCAGAUGAAACGUCUGAGCAAGUGACACGAUGGGCUGCAGCACUGGAAGGCUACCGGAAGGAGCAGGAGCGCCUUGGAAUACCUUACGACCCAGUUCAGUGGUCGACAGACCAGGUGCUCCACUGGGUGGUGUGGGUAAUGAAGGAGUUCAGCAUGACUGACAUCGACCUCAAUGCACUCAGCAUUCCUGGGCGGGACCUCUGCAACCUCAGCCAAGAAGAUUUCUUCCAGCGUGUCCCACGGGGAGAAAUCCUCUGGAGCCACCUGGAACUUCUUCGAAAGUAUGUGUUGGCUAGCCAAGAACACUCUGGAGAAAUAGCAACUGUUACAAUUGAUCAGCCUGUGCAGAUUAUACCAGCAUCUGUACAGCCUGCUACCCCAACCACCAUCAAAGUGAUAAACAGCAGUGCAAAAGCAGCUAAAGUACAGAGAGCUCCAAGGAUCUCCGGGGAAGAUAGGAGCUCUCCUGGGAACAGAACAGGGAACAACGGCCAGAUCCAGCUGUGGCAGUUUUUAUUAGAACUUCUCACAGACAAAGAUGCUCGGGACUGUAUUUCUUGGGUUGGUGAUGAAGGAGAGUUUAAAUUGAAUCAACCUGAGCUGGUUGCACAGAAAUGGGGACAGCGCAAGAACAAGCCCACAAUGAACUACGAGAAGCUUAGUCGGGCUUUGAGGAUCAUUAAUUUGGGUUGCUCACUUCCAGAAAUAUACCUGGUUUUUGUUUAUCAUCAAUAUUUAUGCUUUUAGUAGCAUGCCAAACAAUUUUGAUUAUUGAUGAAAGAUAUAAAAAUAUGUGAAAUAUUAACUUAUUUUUAUGUUCUACUGUCCGUAUUCUUCUUGCUCUUGUUUUGAAAUAAAGCAGAUACUUGUCUGUAAUUGUUAGUGAUUUUCUGUAUGCACGAACCUUUUCUAACUUCAAAUAUUCAUUAUUUCAUGUCAUUGUUCUUAUUGUGUGGAUCUUAAAUUGAAAAAUACAGUCGACAGCCAUGUUCCAACAGUUGCCUUUCCAACAUCACAGUGAUCUGAAGAAAUGAAAGUAUUUCAGUACCUUCAUUUGGUUGAGAUUUUUAGUUUGACAUUGAUAAAAAGGACUUUUAUUGAUUCAUUGUGGGUGACGUACUUGAAGAGGGGGAAGAGUGCAAGUACCUGAAUUUUAAACUACUUUUCCCUGAUUGUUUUAGUCUCUGGAAUCAUUUGAAAAUUCAUUCAUGUUCUUUGAAAUCAUUGAGAACUUCUGAUUUCUUAUUCUGAUAUUGUUAAAUAUAUUUGUCUUGAUUUGUUUUCAAGAAAGAAGUUUUUUGCCUAGUCCUGCAAAUUAUUCAAGCAGUUUUAGAAAUUCUUUUUGUAUGAGUGAAGUUGCAUUUUGAUUGAGGUGUGUGCUUUACUUACUAGCAUUUUCACUUUUGGAUAUGUGUUGUUUGCUUGGUUGGUUUUUUUUUGAAGUGAACUCCUCUAGCAUUAUAUAAAAAUAUCAACUUCUAUUUGAAAAUACCUCUGUAAGAAAUUAUGAUGAAGUAUCAUAUCCUGGCUUUUUUUACCCUUUAUAGGGAGUGUUUAUUUUGCAUUUGACAGGCAUGAGAUACACAGCUAAACUAUACCCUUUUGUUUGUCUUAGAACUUCUUUAGACACAGUACUGCAGGUGCCAGAAUUAUUUUAUGUGUUUGACAGACAAGCAGAAAAAUUAAUGAAAAACAAAUAUUUUGAACAAUAUUAGGUAUUGAAAGAUGCAACUUAUGAGAGUUCCUGAGCCUCAGGUCACUAAAAGCAAGGAGGAGCAUUGGUAGGUACUUACUCUCAUGCUUUUCCUUAGGUCUCUUGGAGUCUUGUUUCUUUUUUCAGUCUCUUGGAGCCUAUUCCUGUUCUACAUGAAUCUUUAGUCUGGUCUUGCAUUAUUUAUAUAUUAAUGAGAUUGUUACUUUUUUUUCAUAGAAUCACAGACUCUCUUGGGUUGGAGUGCUGGAGGAAGUUUCUGGUCUAAUCUCCUGCUCAAAGCAGGACCUUUCCAGUACAGCUCUUCCCCAGCCUGUAUUGUUCCAAUACCAUUCCCAUGUUUCCAACCUGUGUAUCUGUGAGUCUGUGUACUAAAGGCAUAUGUGAAAACCUUCUGAUACAUAAAAAAUAUGUAAACCAUGCUGAUGUUUUUGGGUUUAGUCAACAAGCUCCACAGAAGAUCCCAAAGGCAGCUGAAGAACUUUGGAAUAAUGUUCUUAUCAGUGGGUUAUUAAACACCAGUUUGCAUAAAUCACUACUAGAAAAGUUUCACAUUUAUAUUUUAGUCACAGAAUUACAGAAUUCGCAUUCAUCAAAGUGGUUUUAUUUUGGCAGCUGCAUCAUUAUUGACAUGUUUUCUAACAGUUUAUUGUCUGAAGGGAUGACUCUUGCUGCUCCUGUGAUAAACACUGUUGCCAAGCUGAAGUUUAAUAAAGUAUUAUGUGUUUUGUUUACUAAUGUAUUGAAAUCACAGUGUCAAUUAUUGAUUAAUACAGGAAAUUAUGUUGGUACUACUGGGAAAUAUGCUGGCUCUUCUGCCCAGCUGUAGGAAAAGCAGGCAUAUAGAAACUAGGGCAGAGGGGCAGAAAGGGGAGAGAGGCUUUUUUUUGUUAUAAACAUUUAUAUUUUGUUAUAUAACUUUUACCAACAUAUUUUGGUAAUUUUUCUAAAAAUACAGGUCUGUUUAGUUAUCCAGUAGGGAGGUAAGACUUGAAGAAAAAUAAUUCAUCUGUAUUAUUCUGAAACAAAGUUUCCAUGUGUCUUGGAAUGUUCCAGUAACUUUGUGAAUUUGCAUGGGUAUUUAAUUUUACGUAUUUUUAGCUUUCUUUAUUUUUGAGUAGGCAAAUGCUGUAAUCAGAAAUACAUUCAACAUAGUAUUGAAAAUAUCCUCUCGCCACAUUAACUGGUUUUAACUUGAGUGUUUUGAGCAUGAGAUGUGGGAAUCUUGCAUGUUUUGGGCCUUCAUAUAAGCAUGAUCUAAUUUCUUUUGAUCCUUUUCCUUUCCGAUCGUAUCAGUAAUGUGGAGUAAGUAAUUCAAAGUAUAUUCAGUUUUUUAAAACAUUUUUCUACAGCACUUUUUGAGAUAGGAAUGAUUCUGUGGGAUUGUGCAAUAAAUGGAAAGGCUUGUACAGAGUUAACAAACUUUAAAAAAUGAUGAUUACUGCCACUUGACAUAUGCCAUGGCCACGUAUUGCAGACUUUGUUUUUCUGCUUCAUAAUUCCCCAAGUGAGCAGAGCUCAGUUUUUCUAUGUCCUCUACCCUGUCAUAUUCAACAUGAGUGUCUGCCCAGUGUUCCCACACUGAACCCAGCGUUCCCUUUCACACACAAGGGAUGCACCAGGUUAUUGCUCAUCCUUCUCCAAUUCUGCCCAAUACUACAAGACUCUGCUUGAAAGCUGAAAAUAAAUUAUGAUCCCACCCUCACGUUUACAGAGUUCAAUCAACCCACUGCAAAUAAACCUCAAUAAGAGGCUGAAAGGGCUGGACAGCAUUCCACAGCAGUUCCUUCAGCUGGUGCUGAGAUGUUUUGGAGGGCAGGACUGGCAUGGAGAAUUGCUGGGAGGAAGCUGUAGUAGCAGCCAAGAGUAAGCCUAGAGAUGCAGAGAAGGAAAUGGAGGAGUUGAGGGAGGCAGGUGGUAGUUUGAGGGGUCGAGUGAGGAGAAGGACUGAAAAGGAAGCAUUUAUAAUUUUAUGUCACUCAGGAGAAAGCUGAAGGAGAGCUUUAAUAAACAAACCACACUGUCUUUACCCACAGAGCAAUAAGUUACUCUGACACUUCCUGUACUCCAUGACAGAGCUCUGCAGUUUCUUGUAUGAUCUCAGUAACCAGCAGAUUUACCAACAUUGUUUUCUACACAGCCUGUCUCUCCUCUGUCUUUGGUCCUGCUGCUUAGGUCCCGACCCUCAAAAGUAAGAAAUUAAAAGGCUUAUUUUUCCAGAACUUGAGAUGUCUGAAGAAUUUGCUGGGAUUCUUAGUUACUUACCUCUUUUCCACUAGAGCUGGGAGUCAGAAGUUCGUCUUUUAAUUGACUUAAUUUUGCUACUGAGCAAGAAUCAUCUUUGCUUUAUGAACAUGUCAAAGAAUUGAGUUCUGGACAGUCAGGAAAUUGGGUGAUGGUUUUGAGGAAAUUAUGUUAUGUGAGUUGGUUGAGUUUUUAUUAUUUUCCAAAUUUAUCACAAGCUUUCAAGCUCAUCAAAUCCAAGUUACAUCCCAGUCAUUUAAGUUUCCUUAAUGAGAAAUGUGAUACACAUUCUAUUGAAGCUUGUAGUGAGA